AUGAAUAACACUACAAAGAAAAUAAGAUCAAAGACUGGUUGUUUGACUUGUCGAAGAAGAAAGAAAAAGUGUGAUGAAACAAAACCAAAAUGUAAUACCUGUGUGAGAUUGAAAUUGGAAUGUGAAUGGCCAUCAUUGGCAACCAAUACCAAUCUAUCAUCGAAACAGAAAACCAAGCAGUCGAAUAAUAUUCUACCCAUCAAUCAUCAGUCAAAAGUAACUAAGGUGAGAAAGAAAAGAGUCAAUAGUGUUGGUACUAUAACUAAUGAGAGCAUAGCAAAGCCUAUUGUUAAUGAUGAAUUUCAAACAAAUAACGAUAUCAAUCUGAUAGCCACUAUGCAUAUAACUACUUUUCAAGGAGACAACUUGCCACUAUCUACCAGUAGUUCCAAUCCAAUGAACGUGAUUACACCAUACACACAAAUUACUCCUGGUGUUGUUUCAAUCUCAAACAUCAGAGAGGUAUUGGUUGAACCAGAUAGUUCACAAUAUUCAUCAGAUGAACAGAACCAUGGUGCAAUAUCCAUGUCAAGAGGUACUUCUGUUAACAGUUCUCAUAAGAAAUCAAAUUAUUAUUUGAAAAGAAUUGCCAUGCAAGAGGACUGUGUUGAAAUUGAAAAUAAUUCCAGUGCUUCUAUACCUGUGAUAACAUCUUCUGUUCAAGAGUAUUCCCUGGUAGCAUCAUCGAGUGUGGCUCCUACAGUACCAAAUCUAGAUUCGUUUAUUAAUCUUAAUCCAAGUUUAGAGUAUCCUGAUGCUACGAAGAAUAUAAUGAAUAGAGAAAAAUAA